AUGGCCCAGCACUGUUUACUAGGAUUCGUGGUUCUGGCAGCAGUUCUUCUAGUCGGAGUAUCGUCCAAGCCUUCAAACAAUGAAGCAAACGUUCAAUAUCUACCGUUUUAUGGUGGUGGAAAAGGCAAUUACUUAGAAGUUAAGAAAGAUAACGCAGGCACUGUAACAAGUGAAAAAAUCGUCCCAGAGGACAAAAUUAGCAGUGAAAAUGUAUUCAAGAACAGUAACGAAAACCUGCUUUCAAAAGUGCUUGCUGCAAACUUAGUUCGUCUUAGGUCAACGUCUACUAGUGUUUUGAAACUACAUAACCUAGGCAGAACACUUGGCUUCUUAAAUAAUGAUGAUAAAGUCAAGUUUAGAGAACAACUGUCAGCUUUAGAAGAAACCGCUUCGAAUACAAUCAAAAUAAUUGAUGAUAUUGGGACAGAUAUUGAUAUGCUGUUCAAAAUCAAUGCAACAGGAAAGAAAUAUGAAAAUGAUGAAUAUAUAGAAGAAGAGGGUGUCAGUAUUGACGCUCCAAAUGAUAAUGAUCCUCAGCUGCCUCUCGAAGGUGCCACAAUUGCUGAAGCGAAGCCUGUUGGCUUAGCAGUAAUAGGUGAGAAUGGGUUAGCUGCUUCUCGGCCCGUGGCCACUGCAGUAGCAUCUUCUGGGAUUGCUUUAGCGCGACCAAUAGCCACAGCCAUCGCAGGAGUGGAUCCUACAGCACUCGGCAUCAACUUCCAAGUUCACCAGCCUCAUCCUCGCAAUUGA